CCGACGACGCCCGCCUGGUAGCCCGCCCCGUAUCCGCACCCUGCAGCGUCCUCCCCCUUUGGACGCGCAAAAUGCAGCUCUCACCAAGUCGCCUCCCCCGGCUGGCCCUCUCGCAACCCCCACUCGCGUCGUCCCUAAUCACCCCGACUCAUCCCAAUGAUCCCAGAACCUCGUCGAUGGGUCCAUCCCCCCCUCCCCCUACCCAAGAUCAAGAAUCCAGCGUGAUGCCGAACCGGCUUGGUUCCGAUCUGGGCGCCGAUAAAAAGAGCUCCCUCGCCCAGCCUUAGCAUGCCUUGUUGAAAGCUUGGCGACUCAGAUCCGGUCUCACGCUUGCUUGUUUCUCACUACACCACCGUUCAUUCAUUCACUCCUGCUCGCGGUUCGGUGUACAGUUUUAGUCAUUCUUUUCCCCUUGCAGCAGCGCAGCCAAGCCCCAUCAUGAAGUCCGUUCUCUUCUUCGCGACCGCGGCCGCGGCCGCCGGUCCCUACCUGGCCUGGACCGCCGAGUCUUUCACCAAGCACGAGAUUGACAACAAGAAGCCCUUCCACUACACCAAGGCCGUCCUGUACGACGGUUUCGAGGCCGCAAUCGAGCUCACCAAGGACGAGGCCCUCGUCGACUGGUACCGCAGCCGCAUCGACGACCGCGUCGUCCUCGCCAACGGAAGCAUCCUCAACUGGAAGCCCACCCAUUACUCCCUCGAUGAGUACCGCAUCGGCAACAACAUUCUCUGGUGGUACGAGCGUACUGGCGAGGAGAAGUACAAGACGGCCGCCAAGACCAUCCGCGAGCAGCUCGACCGUCAUCCUCGCACCCUCGAGGGCGGCUUCUUCCACCGCAGCCCCGACUACGAUGACCAGAUGUGGCUCGACGGCAUCUUCAUGGCCGACUCCUUCUACGCCAAGUGGACUUCCCUCUUCGACAGCAAGAACACCACCGCCUGGAACGACAUUGUCAACCAGUUCGACGUUAUUGACGCCCACACCCGCAACCGCACCCUCAACCUGCUCUACCACGGCUUCGACGAGAAGAAGGAGGCCGUCUGGGCCAACAAGCAGACUGGUGCCUCGCCCCUGAUCUGGUCCCGUGCCGUCGGCUGGUACGCCGUCGCCCUCCUCGAGGUCAUCCCCCUGCUGCCCCGCGGCCACCCCGGCGUCGCCAAGCUGUCCAAGUACUUCACCACCCUUGCCGAGGGCCUGAAGAACUCCCAGGACAAGACCGGCGGCUGGUGGCUCAUCAUGGACCCUGCCUACGUCAGCCGCACCGGCAACUACAUCGAGUCUUCCGCCUCGGCCCUCUUCGUCUUCGCCUGGCUCAAGGGCAUCAAGCUCGGCCUGCUGCCCGAGCGCAAGUACUUCCCGGCGGCCGCCAAGGGCUACCAGGAGCUGACCACCUUUGUCGUCGAGAACGCCAACGGCACCGUCAACUGGGAUGGCACCGUCGAGGUCGGCUCGCUCAACAGCGACGCCAGCUUCGACUACUACACCUCGGUCCCCAUCGCCAUGAACGACUACAAGGGCGUCGGCCCCUGGAUGUUCGCCUCCUACGAGUGGGAGACGUUCAACCAGACCAAGCCUGCCACCCGCCCCCGCAGCCCGCGCACCUACAACCGCCGCUACCACUUUUAAA